AUGACUGUACAAAUUCCAAAAUUAUUGUUCUUACAGGGCUUCUUGCAAAACGGUAAAGUUUUCUCGGAAAAAUCAUCUGGUAUCAGAAAAUUACUGAAGAAAGCUAAUGUCCAAUGUGACUAUAUUGAUGCACCAGUUCUUUUAGAAAAGAAGGAUUUGCCGUUUGAAAUGGAUGAUGACAAAUGGCAAGCCACCCUGGAUGCAGAUGUCAACAGAGCCUGGUUCUAUCACAGCGAUAUCUCUCAUGAAUUGGACAUCUCCGAAGGUUUGAAGUCGGUUGUCGAUCACAUCAAGGCCAACGGCCCAUACGACGGUAUUGUCGGCUUCUCUCAGGGUGCCGCAUUGUCCUCCAUCAUCACCAACAAGAUCACAGAGCUAGUUCCUGACCAUCCGCAAUUCAAAGUCAGUGUGGUAAUUUCCGGCUAUUCCUUCACCGAACCAGACCCAGCACAUCCUGGCGAACUGAGAAUAACCGAAAAGUUCAGAGACUCAUUCGCGGUAAAGCCAGACAUGAAGACAAAGAUGAUCUUCAUCUAUGGUGCUUCUGACCAAACCGUUCCAUCCGUCAGAUCCAAGUACCUUUACGAUAUUUAUUUGAAGGCGCAAGAUGGUAACAAGGAAAAGGUGUUAGCUUACGAGCACCCUGGUGGUCAUAUGGUUCCAAACAAGAAGGACAUUAUCAGACCAAUUGUUGAACAAAUAACCUCUUCCUUGCAAGAAGCUUCUGAAUAA